AAAAUCCUAACAAGGAAAUUGGAGCUACUGGGAGCGGAGAAACAAGGAACAUUUUGUGUGGACUGUGAGACCUACCACACCGCUGCCUCCACCAUUGGCAACCAAGGGCAGGCUGGCAAGCUGAUGUACGUGAUGCAUAACUCUGAAUAUCCCCUCAGCUGCUUUGCUCUCUUUGAAAAUGGUCCCUGCCUGAUCGCAGAUGCCAACUUUGAUGUCCUCAUGGUGAAACUGAAAGGCUUCUUCCAAAACGCCAAGGCAAACAAGAUAGAGAGCCGGGGUACGCGGUACCAGUACUGUGAUUUCUUGGUGAAGGUUGGCACUGUUGCCAUGGGGCCCAGUGCCCGGGGAAUAUCUGUGGAGGUGGAAUACUGCCCAUGUGUAGUAGCCAACGACUGCUGGAACCUGCUGAUGGAGUUCAUGCAAAGCUUCAUGGGAAAUCACACUCCUGGAAUCCCGUCUGUGUUUGGCAAUAAGCAUGACAGCAUCUAUAGCCCGGGGGACACUAUGGCUCAGUACAUGGAACUGUUCAACAAGAUCCGCAAACAGCAGCAGGUGCCAGUAGCUGGGAUCAGAUGAAAAUUCCUUGAGACUUUUUUUGUUUCUUUUUUAAAGUGACAGUAUCUUCUUUUUGGAUUGUCCUCCGGGGUCAGGAGUCCCAGCUCAACCGUGUCCUAAAGAAGUCUUCCCCCUAACGGAAAACACCAUUCAUCUCCAUAUGGCUGGGGAAGAAUCAGUUUUUCCUAUCUCCAAUUUUGGCCUCAAAUAUAUUUGUAUUUCAUCUCUUAUUUGUUGGUUAGCCUAUUGACUCUGGUGUAUCUCAGUGCAACAGAAAUUCUUGAUUCUGGGCAUCAGUAUUGUUCUGCAGAAGGAAGUAAAAAAUCCAGCUGCGUGUGCACAGGCAGGGUUUAUUGUCCCUCAUUUUCUUUAGCUACUGACUGUUCAAUGUGGGUUUUCUGGAUAUUCAUAUGAAGCAUUUGGGUACCACUUGAAUAAAAUAAAGGCUUAUUUUCCUAUAAGGAUGUUAAGUCUUUUUAUCCACCUUUUAAUGACUCAACCAACCAACCAAUCAAUGGAGGUGCUAAUGGUUCUU